AUGGCCGGCUACCAACAUGGCUACCCAGUGUUCACUGGUCAGAUCUCCAACAGUUUGGACAGUCCAAUAUGGCUGAAGGAUGUCCAGUGUGGAGGGACAGAGGGGUCACUCACUGCCUGCUCUGUUAGUGCGUGGGGUGGACACGGGGUGACGUGUGACCACAAACAAGACGCUGGGGUGAUAUGCUAUGACACGGAUGACACCACUGCCUACAGACUGACAAGCAGCUAUUACGGCCGCGCAGAGGCUCACAAGUUUGGACGGUGGGGAAAGACAUGCGUCGACAACUGGGACGACAACCAAGCCAAGGUGUUUUGUAAGGAGAAAGGGUUCUCCACGGGGUAUGCCAGUUCCUGGAAGCAGGCGCCGUGGCCGACGUUCGUCAAGGACUUCAGUUGUGCAGGAACUGAGGGCAGUUUGUCCCAGUGUGUGGGGUCUUUUGGUGCCACUAGCCGGUGCACGGAUACCACGCGUUCAGCAGUCGCGUAUUGUACGCAAGAUACACAAGUUUUGGACGCAUGUCCAGCUGGCUGGAAAGUAUUCAACAACACGUGUUACCUGUUCCAUACUACGGGACCUAAGGACUGGACACAAGCACACGACCACUGUAACAACCUCAACGCGGAGCUGGUGUCAUUUGGCUCUGAAGAAGAAAAGACCUGGGUGAUGUCCACCAUGCUGGCCACAGCUAACAGUGGUUACAUGAUCGGUCUGAGUGACCAGGACCACCAUGGCUACUUCAUAUGGCUGGACGGGACGGCCAACUGGCUGGCCAAUACAAUCCCAUGGGGUAGUGGGGAGCCAACUGGAGCGACGCAUUGUGUCGAAGCGCGCACAACAAACCUGCUUCACGUGAUAGCAUGCACGGGAGUCACGCGUAAUUUUGUAUGCGAGAAGAAGCGAGACGACGUCAGCUUUCGGUUCGGCGGGAAAGGCGUCAACUUCGGUCCGGUUGAGGCGGCUAUCGCCGGUCAUUGGGGGUCAGUUUGCCGAACGUACUGGGACAGCACGCAUGCCCAGCGACUCUGCCAAGAAUUGGGCUACACUGGAUGGAAGGCAUACGCGUACACGCAGUUUGAGACGCCCUAUCGGCCCUUCAGGUACACCAUGGACCACGGCUGUGGGCGUCCCCCGAGCCGCCAUGAUCACCCCCUGAGUGCGUGUAAUCAUUAUGGUUAUGGGUGGAACUAUUGCGGGUCCCAGUACAGUAGUAAGGCUGCUUCGGCUGUUUGUUUCAACCAUGAUGCAGAUCAAACAUUGACCUUUUCUACCAUUGGCCACAAUCCUAGGUUUUACGAAUAUCUAGAUAUGAAUGUGGAAAACAGAAACUUCAUCAUCAUUGAAUGCAAGAUUUGUAACGACAUGCAUGUUGGUUUGGCGGAAUUUUGGGGUGAACAGACGAACAUCUACGAGAUUGUCAUAAGCGGGUGGGGUAACACACAGAGUGCAAUACGUGGAGAGCUUGGCACAGACCAAAGGGCUGUCGCAAGCACCAGUGGCUUCGUUAACUGCAACCAGUUUAGGACGUUUUGGUUCGGAUGGCACAAUAACAAACUGGAGGUGGGGCAGGGAGAAACGUACGGAGAAAAUCGGUUUCUGUUCCACCAAGACCAACAGCCAAGACCAAUUUCUUACGUAGCCGUCAACAGCUUUACCAUUGCUGGUGAUUGGAAAAUUCGCCUGCCGGACUGUCCACAUGGCUAUUACCCCGGCCCUCUGUCUACCAAUGCAUGUUACAAGUUUGUUACCCAGGCAGCAAGUCACCAGGAUGCUCAGAGAGACUGUUGGCAUGACAACGCCGAUCUCGUGACGUAUGCAAGUGAUGUCGAGAGGCUGUGGGCAGAAGCGCGCAUGCGGGACAAUGGCGGCGGGUGGUGGCAUAUUGGAAUGAGUUACCUUGGUAACGAGAAAGGAGACUUCCAAUGGGUAGAUGGCACAGCCAUGGUUGACUCUAUCCUGAAAUGGGAGUCCAACGAGCCAAAUGGCGAUGGUGCUUGCAUACGGACGCUCAGCGACUCAAAUGAUGCAAACGCAAUGUUGAGUGACUGUGUGUGCAGCGACCUUUUGAAGUACACGUGUAAAAAACCGAGAGGAAAUACCCAGCGUCUGUUUGUGUACCGCUGGGGCGACAUUCGCUCCCCUGGUUACCCAUUGUCUGACUACCCUGUCAGUGUGACGUAUAACUGGUACAUCCGGGUACCAAAGGAGAGACACGUGGCCUUGAAGUUCGCACGAAUCAGUUUGGAGGGAACGAAUGGGGCGUGUACCAAGGAUUAUGUCGAGGUUCGUGACGGCCAUGACAGUAAUGCGGCCAUCAUAGGGAAGUACUGCGGUGACGUCAUGAUCCCAUUGAUCAGGUCCAGUAGCAAUAAGCUAUGGGUUAAAUUUGUCUCAGACGGGGACACCACCUCGGAGGGGUUCGCCGCGUCCAUUGUGGCAGAAUGUGGAGUCGGAUAUGAGCGCAGCGUCUGGACGAAAACCGCCGACCUGAGCAGUCUGUCCGGCAAGGAUUUCAUGGUGAGGACAGCCAGUUCAGUUGCAGAUUGUCAGAUGGCCUGUGACAAGGACUACACGUGUUACGCGGUGUACUUUGACUCUGCUAACGCCAUGUGCUACAUGCAGCUGAGAGGGCUUGCCGGCAUGAGGGUGCAACUGGGGGAUGUCAGUUUGGAGAAAUACGAGCAUGAGUGUCAAGCUUGUUCUCGUCUCUGGACAUCGUCCACCGGCUAUUACACCACACAUUUACUGGACAGUCGUGACCAGAUGACGCUGGAUGACUGUAAACAAUGGUGUCAGGACACGCCCUCCUGUCAAUCAAUCGAUUAUCUCGAUGGCAACCAAAGAUGUUACCUACGAUACGGAAGCCUCGCCACUGGAGGAGCGCUUAACACUAACGCCGCCUAUGUUCAUUAUGAAACAUCUUGUGAAGCUGUGACAGUACGAUUACAAGACGGUGGUACCUGGUACGGUCGAGUUGAAGUAUUUAACAACGCAACUAAUACCUGGGGAACCAUAUGUCAGACGUACUUCACCAACAAGGAAGCAGAUGUCGUUUGCAGACAACUGGGGUUUUUCGGCGGUCGAAGAAACGAGAAGUUUGAUUCCAGUAUCCCUGUGUAUCUUGACCACGUGGACUGUACUGGCGCAGAGACAUCUAUCGAGCAGUGCAUGUACCAUGGGAGUCGGCUGGUACAGUUCCGCCACUCUGAUUGGACAGUCCUUGGCGCAUGCAGUGAUGCCGCUGUCUACUGCUGGCAAGAAAAAGGUCCUGAAUUUCGACUGGUCCCUGGUCCAAACUAUGGGCGCCUUGAAAUGGCGAUUGAUGAGAACUGGGGGACAAUUUGCUGGUCGCACUUUAACUGGCAUGAAGCGAGGAUGGUUUGCCGCAACAUGGGGUACAUUGAUGGUCACGUUAUUACUGAGAUAGAUGCUUAUGGACAGGGGAGUGGACGAAUCUAUAUGAGAGGCCCUAUUUGUACCGGGUCCGAGGCCUCUAUCCUGGACUGCCCAUUCUAUCACGAAGGAAUGAAGGAAAACGCCUGCGGUGGCAACCAUGCUUUAGACGUUGCUAUAUUUUGCUUUGUGUCGACGUCAAACAGCGCUGUGUUGUACGGUCACUUUGGACGCGUGGAGUUCUGGAUAAACGGCGUCUACAAUCACAGACGUCCAGUGUGUGACGGCAGUUUCGACGACACCGACGCGACGGUCGUCUGCAGCGAACGCGGCUUUGACUCCGGGCACGCCGUUUGCUGUGGGUCGUCUUCACCCUGGGGACAUAGCUCGAGUAAGAGCAACUGGCAGUGCACUGGCUCAGAGAGUUAUCUUCUGGACUGUACACAUACCGACUCUCACUGCUCUCACUAUCACUCAGCAGCUGUGUUGUGUUACCAGUCUUCUAUAACGUACGCCAAUGAGUGGAAGCUUUCACGCGGCAACUGGGGGUUCCUGCAGGUGAAGUACAAGAAUGCUUGGGGGAUCGUCUGCGACGAUGACUGGACGAUAAACGACGCGAUGGUUCUCUGUGGGGCUAAGGGUUUUGACAGUGCUAUUCCUUACGGUAACGGCGGCCUAGGGAGAGACUGGGGGCCACGGAUCUUCUGGAUUCAAAAUCCUGUCUGCAACGGGAACGAGGCCAGUAUAUUUGAGUGCACGUUGGGAAGCAUAGGUGGCGGCUACUACCCGACAUGCGACCACAUGGUUGGAGGGGUUGGUGUUUAUUGUUAUGAUUCAGGCGCGGCCUCGUCGUAUAGCUUCCGUCUGGCUGACAGGACAUCUACGUACGGCCGCCUCGAGGUGAACACUCUCGGGGAAUGGGGGGCAGUCGGAGCGGACCCCAACCUUUCCCCCACCAGCCUGGCCAACCUAGCCGUGGUGGCCUGCAAAUCAGUGGGCCUUGAAAAUGGCACUGUGGUCUUCGGUAACCCAGUGGGUUAUCCAUGGCGACCCAUAUGGUUUUACAAUGUCACGUGCACCGGAAGUGAGGCCUCUUUGGAUGAGUGCCAGAGAGCGCCAAUGAGCGAGGCUGCGCACUGGGACCGACGACUUGAUGUCAGCAUGGUGUGUUGGAAUAACGCCAACCCGCCAGACAUAACGAUCAGCCUAUCCAACGGUUAUUAUGGUAGAGUCUAUAUCCAGUACGGUAGCGAUCAUGCUGGAAUCAUAUGUCAAGACGGCUGGGAUGACGCCGAUGCUACUGUGUUGUGUAGAACACUAGGAUAUUAUGGCGGAGUUGCAUCAGGUUUACCGAGGCGGACCUACUCAUACUGGCGACCCAUUUUCAUGACUAAGGUGGAAUGUACUGGGAAUGAAGCCAGCAUAUUUGAUUGCCCAUGGUCCAUUUCGGCAGAUCCUGACCUGUGUUAUCUUGGAGAUCACAGAACUCCUGCUGGGGUGGUCUGCUUUGACUCUGCUGAAUCAAGCGUCAUAGAAUACCGCCUUACAGAUGGGCACCCAUACCGUGGUAGGAUGGAGAUGUCCAUGAACCAUGUGUGGGGAACAGUGUGUAUACAUAUUGAUAGUUCUCACAUAGAUAUAUACUGCCAACAGGUUGGGUUUGAUGACGGUCAGAUGUACACCGACGGUCAAGGUACUGGUCCCAUUUGGAUGCGAACAUACCAUAGUUGUACAGAGAGCAAUAUCCACGAUUGUAAUAGAUAUGGCUACGGUUUCACCCACUGCAAUCACGGACAGGAUGCUGGCUUUGCCGGCGGAAUGUAG